CGGGUCAAAGUGAAAACAAGCGAAAACCGACGCGUCGCGAUCUCGAAGCGUUGCUCGCAUCUCCCCUUCCCUCCUCGUCUCCUGUGGGUUUCAGGCCCACAAAAGAGGCGCCCCACCAUAAAUCCUACCAUAUCGAUCGCCUCCCCCGACGCCGAUCCUUUCGACUCGAUCGGUUUCCCGAGAUCCAUGUCACGUCUUAAUCUUUACGGCAUAGCACGAUGCCAAUGUUCGUUCCAGUUCAAGGUCAGCCGAUUUCUUGCCUCCUGUUCUUUCGUGUGUGAAUCAAUUGGUAAUGGCCUUUGUAAUAGUCCAUCAUGCGCUUCGAGAUUUCUCUUUCCAGCUUAAUCUUUUAUGCGGGGAUUGGUGGGAAUUCUUGUUAUGACAUGUUCUGCUGCUUCCACCUACGGUCGCGAUUGAUAUUUUAUGCGCGAUAAGUUGUAAUUCAUCUUUACCUGGUGGUCAAUUCUCUUUUGCGGUAGGCUCGACGGGAACGGAAUUCUUGCCCUUCACUUGUUCGAUGAAAUGACAGCAAAGUCUCCAAUCUUCGUUAUUCGGAGGCAUCUUCCCAUCUGGGUCUCCCUAAAUUAUCGUUCUUACACAAUUGCAAGUGCGGCACUUGUUCAGGGUCCUCCCAAAGAUGACAAAGACGCUCCAGAUUCUGCUGAGUUUGUAUCUGCGGUACAGGUGCUUAAGAAUCGGCUUCAUCCCGACAGACUUGUUCAUGUCUUGGAUUCUACAUCUGAUGUGACCUUGGCUCUUAAGGUGUUUAAGUGGGCUUCGAGGCAGAAAAGGUUCCAGCAGACAGCUGAGACUUAUGCCCAUAUGAUUUUUAAGUUGGGAAUGGUGGGAGAUCAGGAAGAAAUGGAGGUUCUUUUGAACGAGAUGGUUAAUUUACAACUUCAAAAUAUAGAACAGACCUUUGAUUACUUGAUCCAUGCAUUUUGUAAAAAUUAUAGGCCUGUAGAAGCUUUACAGGUUUUCAAAAUUUCAAAUUUGGCAAAACACAGGUUAUCAGUCUCAACAUGCAACACAUUAUUAGAUGCUUUUGCUUCACAGGGUGGAAAUUUUUGCUCGUUGAUGUUUGUCUAUAAGGAAAUGGUCAAAGCAGGGAUUCUUCCAGAUGUUGAAACAUUGAAUCACUUAAUAAAGGGUUUAUGUGACAUUGGGUGCUUGGACUUAGCGCUAACCCAGUUUCAUAGGAUGGAUAAGAAGCAGUGCUUUCCAAACAGCCAGACAUUUGAGAUACUCAUUAAAGCUCUUUACACUAGUGAACGAGCAGACAAAGCAGUUGAGUUAUUGAAUCAGAUGCUGGAUCUACAAAUCUCUCCACAUUUUGAUUUCUAUAAUAGUAUUAUACCUCUUCUUUGCAGCAUCAACAGAUUCAAAGAAGUCAUUAAGUUGCUUAGAAUUAGGGAAGAUGCAGGUGGCAAUCUGGAUUUACAUUUGUAUAGCUAUCUGAUUAAUUGUUUGUCUGCCAAUCAACAAAUAGAGAGUGCUGUAGAACUUAUUCGUAAAAUCACAAACUCAGGCCUUGCUCCUUUAACUAAUAUGUACAUGGAUAUUGUGGAUGGUUUCUGCAACAUUGGGAAGUUCACUGAAGCCAUGAGCUUCCUGGAUGAAGGGCGAGUUUUGGAAAUCGAGCCUUACAACACCUUGCUCAAAGGUUUCUGCAAUGUCAGCAGAUAUCAGGAGGCAACUGUUUACUUGAAGAAAAUAGCUGAAGGGGGUUUGACUAAUGUUUUAUCGUGGUAUAUUCUUAUAAAAGGACUUUGUGAGGAAGGGCUUGUCAGAAAAGCAUUUCAAGUUAUGGGAAGAAUGAUUAUUUCUUCUUCUUCUUCUUCUUUUGUGGUUGAUGGAACUAUUUAUUCUGCUAUUAUAACUGGGUACUGUAAGAUCGGUGCAUAUGAGAAUGCUUUAAGUAUCUUUAGACUGUCCUGUUUGUAUGACCUCUCUUUAGAUUCAGAGUCAUGCUCGCAGUUGAUUGAGGGUUUGUGUGUUGUGAAGAAGAUCCAAGAAUCUGCUGAGGUAUUUUACCACAUUAUUGGUAAAGGUGAUUUGCUUACUAGUAAUGCACUAAGUGAAUUAAUUCAAGGCAUCUGUCACAAUGGAAAGGUGCAGGAAGCCAUCAAAGUGCGUUCUCUCGCUGUUUUUAAUGGCUCAUCUUCUAAUUCAGUCACAAUUUCCAUAAUAUUGCUUGGUCUCUUAGAUUUGAACAAGGAAAAAGAUAUCUUAACAUUCCUUUCCCAGAUUUUGGUUGAAGGAUGUGCAUUGGAUGUGAAGACAUACUGCAUUCUCAUUCAUAGCUUGUGUUCCAAGUUUAUGAUGAGAGAGGCUGCAAUUUUGUUCAACCAAAUGGUUCAUGAGAGCUUUAUUCCUAACUCUGAAACACUUGAGCUACUCGUGGUUAGACUGGCAAGAUGUUCGCAAUUGCAUUUGGUCAUGCAUAGUUUAGAUAGCCUGAUCAAGAAAUGUGGACUACUAAGUCCCACAAUGUGUAACGCAGUAAUAUAUAGUCUCAUGAAAGAGGGACACAAGCAUGAGGCCUGUAACUUUUUGGACACAAUGCUUGAUAAAGGGUGGGUCCCAGAUGCUGAGACCCAUGUUUUGCUUGUUGGAAAUAAUAAUAAAGAUGGGAGGAAUGAAAAUGAUGAUGUAUUUAAAGCUCUUGGUGAUGACAAAGUGAGCAAAAUAUUAGCUGAGGGGCUGGAAGAUUUUGGCAAUCACAUGGCUUUGAGAUGAAUAGUGCCCUAUAGCAUAUACUUUCCUCUUCUGAAUUCUUUUCAAGUCUAGGCAGUUUUGAAAGAUUGCUCUUUGAUUUCCAUGAGCCGAACUGCAACUUCAAAUUGGAAUUUUACUUGACCAUGAGGAACUCUUUGAUAUUGGAUGGCAAAUAUGUCUCUCAAACUUCUUUUUGAAGAUUGGGGUUACUCUGGCUGGGAACUUGUCAUCAAUUUUGGGGGGCUGGUGAUAAACCCAUAGUUGAUCACUAGAUGUCAAAUUCUCAUUGUGCCGUAUUGAUUUUAAUUGGUGCUCUGUAGCUCAAACCUAUAUGGGAAACGUUCUUAAGAGAGAAUUAUGACUACCAUGACAAAAUAUGUCAUUCUCGAGUGAUAUAUAAUCUGCAAUUCUGCAUGCGACCUUAUUCGAGUUUGAAAUCAGAUUUUCAUUUGUGAUUUCCUGUCAAUAUCAAAAGUUGCAAAGUGAGAGUGCUGAACUCUGAUGAUGCUUCACUGAAACCCAGAUAUUGCAGCAUCCUUUAGCCUUAUGAUUUGUGGGAUUUUUUAGUAUGGCAAUGUGGCUGAAAAAUGGUUAAUUCAUAUGGCCUCAUAAUUCAUCAGGUACUAGAACAGGCUAUGUUGCGGUGUGUUGGAAUAGGCUUCCAACUUUUGGUCGGUUGCAUCAUAAUCAUCACUCAGACUGAUGGAUGCCCUAUUUGUAAGCUCUAGAUUGGCUCACCUAAUCAUAUCUUCUUUAAAUGCUUCUUUCCUCAAACCUUUUGGGAUGAACUCCAGUUUAAGUUUGGCCUCCACCAUCAAUUUUUUGAGUUUUGGAAUCAAGGACCUGGCUGGAAGAAAGCAGAGGUUUUGACAAACCUAAUUCCAAAUGGAUUCUCAGCCUCAUCUCUAUUGGAUUGUGGACUCUUUGGUUGAACAAGAAUGAAGCCAAACAUUGUCACCACGAGGCCAGGCCUUCCAACCUUAGUUCUGAGCAGAACAAUAGGCAGAAUGACAGUAUCAGUCUCUGCACCUGUAGGGAACAUGACCUCACUCUGGAAUGUGAUGGAUCUCUCACUCUGUCCUGAUGCAGGUAUUUAAUUUAUAGUCGAAGACUCUACCAACUCAGUAAAGGUGGCUGUUUACGCUCACUGUAAAUCUCAUACUGCCUUGGAGGCUGAAGGUCUAGCAAUAUCUGAAGGGCUGAAGUCUGCAGAGUAGGCGAACAUGUCUAAAAUUUUGGGCUGCACAGAUGCAACUGACAUGGUUAAUUUUGUUAAUGGGGUCAAGGGCACUCAUUGGCACCUGAAAGCUAUUGUCUCUAACAUAGCAGAGCAUUGCUAAAGGUUGCAGGGAGCAAAGAUAUGGUAAUUCCCAUGAUACCUUACUGAUUCAGGUUUUUGACUUCCUGACUGGAUGUGUAGAGCCCUAUCUAGACGAGAACUGGAGUCACACUGCCUCUUGAAUUUAACAAUCGUUGUUGUUCGACUUGUUUGUACAAUAAAUAGCACUUAUAUGGCUGGUUUAGUUCAGCAUUUGACGAAAAAGAAGCUUGGAGAUGUGGCAAUGGCAGCUUUGAUUGUUCAUGGGAAGCUAUUUAGACACUUCCACAUGCGGUUAUGUGCAGCAUAACGAUUCAUUCUUUAAUAGAUACGUGAAAGAUUUGGUUGAUUCAUUUUCUAUUUCAUAAUCUCCAGAAGCGAAUGUGACAGGUUUAAUCGUAUGUGACUCAGUUGCAACUCUACUAGAAGGUGAUGACAUCUCAAUUAUUGAUGAUCAAAAUGAGCUAUUCAAUUGCCUGUAACAAUUGCAGAAAAUUGGUCUUCUGGAUGAGGUGAAAGAAAAUGAAAGCUCUCCUAAAUCUUCAUGUUCUUCCAAGAAAAAAGAGAGUAAAUUUGCUGGCUUUCAGGCGCUGUCAGCUCAUCUAUCAGUAUGUCCCCCAGGUAAAGCAGAUUCCAAACAGAAGAUUGCAUUUUGCUUUCUAGGACCUCUAAGCCUUUAGGUAGAUGCAAACUUAUGGAUUGUAUAAUGAGAUUGUUUUAUUUCCUUUUCUGGUACCAUAUGAUGGAUGAGGUUCUUUGAGUUAAACAUCACAAAUUCUACUGAAAGAUACUUGUAACCAGUGAAAGUAGAGAAAGAAGUCCUUGUACUAUGAUUUUGCCAUAAAUUGUUCCAGUAAUUAUGCGAAUAUGACUGACAAUGUCCGCUUUGGACAAUCCCAUCUCUGUAGUGGCUGGGUUGACUAUCUCCUUUGCUCAUACAAGCUGCAAUAUUUGUUUCACCAUUAGAAGGGAAUCAGAUUAGCAAUUUGAUGCAAGCUGCUCCUUCUUCAAUGGACUGUGUACACAAGUUGGAGAUAAUUUUCUACUAUUAGAUUGCCGUCUCUCCCUCACUUGAGGUUUGAGUUGUCUAUGACUGAAGACGAAAGUUACUGAUCAUGAACAGGUUCUGUGACAGCUACGCUUCCUGACUGAUUCAGGUCCUCCAGUUAAGGGAUAUGAAAUCAUGCCUCUGAUGAAGAAGCAUAAAACAUAUGAAGGGUGGAAGUCAACAUCACCCAAGGUACGAAUGGACAACAAACACAUUUUUCAAUAUGCAUACUAUGCUACUAAUUUGGGAUGACUUGACUAUGGCAUAUCUUCUACACAUGAAUUAAUUGAAAUUGAAUUGAAGUCAACCUUUCUCAAAGGAUGAGAAAAGGUAAAAUAAGAGGUGGCGGGAAGCCAGUGGAAGCAAGGUGAACAUUGAGUAGCUUCAAGCUAUCUCGGAGAAGACUCAUCAUCCUCACCCUGUUUAAGAACAGAGCACAGCACCUGCUUGGAAAUGUAUGUCUCAAGUUCCCUUGAAACCUCUGUCAGUUUUGGAUCGAAGCUGCUCCUGUACUUUUGAGGCCUUGGAGAAGGAGACCCUGAGAAUCUCCGCCUGGGGCUGGAGAGACGUCUGCUUGGUGAACUUGGAAACCACCCCCUCGGGACAACAGGUGUCGUGUCUCUAAGGAUCACCUUCUUCGCGUCUGGGUUCAUCAAUGGUCCCUGUUUCAUCUCCAGCGGCAGUGGUUUCAGUGGUGAUAUGGACAGUCCAGUCGCUACCAUGGGUGUCAAUUUCUGUCUCAUUCUCUCCCUUGCUCUCUCAGCUGCCAUCAGUGUCUUCUCCUUGCUCAUUUUGAUCAGUUUCCACGGGUCGAUGUGGAAUUCUGUCUUCUUGUUUGGAGUUGAGGAGUCUGAAUCUUUUUCGAUUCUUAUCGAUAAUCUUUGGGUGCUCUGCGAGUAGAUGGAAAUUUCUCCUUUCAAGUCACAUGAAGAUAGUCUCCUAGCUACAGAAAAAUCAGGCAUGUGGUGAUCUUACUUGGCUCUUUUCAGAUUUGUGACAUCGGAACCGAGACAGCAGAGUGGGUCUUUCUGGUGAGUCUAAGUCAUCACUUUCAUCCGAAGAUGAAUACAACUCAUCAAAUGGAUCAACCGACUGGCUUUGUUCUCUCAUUGCCAGGAUGUAAUCGUAUGUUCUCAUUCCCUGCAGUCAUAGUUAAAACAGAUAUUACACAAAUUAGCAAAAUCCAGAAGCAAGUCUAGCGGAUUUCAUUUUCUUUAUCACUUGUGGUUCGACUUACUUUUAAGGUUUGAAAUUAUCUUCAUGCCUGCUUUAUAUUCUUAUUUAUGUCAAACCUUUUCUAUCAACUUCCCGAAUUUAGUUCC